AUGACGCUGACCCCAAAGAUGCUGCUGCUGCUGCUGCCCCUGCUCUGGGCGGAUCACAGGGCCAAGGACAAAAAUGGUGAUGGGGCAGGGGCUGCAGCUAAGUCUGCAAGUUCCCUCGUUCCGAAUCCAGGACACCGGCUGAUGGUGCAGGAGUCCAUGACUGUGCCGGAGGGCGUGUGCAUCAGUGUGCCCUGUGGCUUCUCCUACCCCAGGGAAGGCUGGAACAACUUCACCCCAGCUCACAGCUACUGGUUCCAGGAAGGAGCCAAUACAAACCAAGAUGCUCCAGUGGCCACAAACAAGCCAGAUUGCAAAGUGCAGGAGGAAACGCAGGGCCGAUUUCACCUCCUCAGGGACCCUCGGAUUUACAACUGCUCCCUGGACAUCAGAAAUGCACAGAAUAUGGACACAGGGAUAUACUUCUUUAGGCCCCCAUACAGGGCAGAUGCUCACAGGCCCCACAUCCUCAUUGCGAGCACCCUGGAGUCUGGCCAUUCCAAGAACCUGACGUGCUCUGUGCCCUGAGCCUGUGAGCACUGCACGUGCCCCAUUUUCUCCUGGACUUCAGCUGCUGACACUACCCUGGGCCCCAGGACCCUCCUUUCCUCUGUGCUCACCCUCACCCCUCGGCCCCAGGACCAUGGCACAAACCUCACCUGUCAAGUGAAGUUCCCUGCAGUAGAUGUGACCAUGGAGAGGACCAUCCAGCUCAAAGUCACCUACUCUCCACAGAACUUGACCAUAACUGCCUUCCAGGGUAAUGGAACAGCUAUCCCCAAUGGCUCCCUGUCCCCCAAUGAUUCUCCCCAUGUUCCUUGGCUGCACCAGGAGAACAGGGCAUCAUCCACAUGGAGGAGCCCAGCAGGUCCCUCAUCAUCCAUCUCCUGA